AUGAGGGUUUUGCUCGCUCUCACCACUCUUGUGGUCGUGGCUGGUGCAGCCAGUGUCUCUCUGGAGGAUCUGGAGUUCCACGCCUGGAAACUGAAGUUUGGUAAGAGUUAUGGUUCAGUGGAAGAAGAGUCUCGGCGUAAGAUGAUCUGGCUGGACAAUCACAAGCUUGUCCAGGAGCACAACAUGCUGGCUGACCAGGGCAUUAAAAGCUACAGACUCGGCCUAAACCACUUUGCAGACAUGGACGACAAGGAGUUCCAGGCCAGGUACAGCAGCUGCCUGAGAUCCUUCAAUAUGACCAAGGCCCACAGUGCACCUGCACAAAUCAGACCAGCAGGGGGUGCUGAUCUACCAAAUUAUGUAGAUUGGAGGAGUAUGGGCUACGUGACUGAAGUUAAAAACCAACAACACCUUAACUCCUGCUGGGCCUUCAGCGCGACAGGGGCGCUAGAGGGUCAGAUGUUUCGGAAGAGGAGAAGGCUGGUACCCCUGAGCGAGCAACAGUUGGUCGACUGCUCUCAGGAUUUUGGAAACAGUGGCUAUAAUGGUGGUUGGCCACACAAGGCCUUUGAGUAUGUCAUGUACAGAGGAGGCCUGCAGGCAGAGUACACCUAUCCAUACGAGGCCGAGGUUGGGUGGUGCCGGUUUAAUCCGCAAUAUGUUAUGGCUACCUGCAGAAGCUACAUAUUAUUGCCCAAAGGAGAUGAGAAGAGUCUGCAGUACGCCGUAGCCACAAUCGGACCUAUUUCUGUAGGCAUAGGCACUUGCAGACCCUCCUUCAGGUUCUAUGAGUCAGGUGUGUAUGAUGAGCCUAACUGCAGCAGCACUGAGCUGAAUCAUGCUGUCCUUGUUGUUGGUUACGGCACUGACAGUUCCAAACAGGACUACUGGCUGGUCAAGAACAGCUAUGGUGUUGAGUGGGGUCAAGGAGGCUACUUCAAAAUAGCCAGGAACAAGAAUAACCAGUGUGGUAUUGGCUUAUAUGCUGUCUACCCUGAGGUUUAA